UAUGUUAUUUUUAGCAAUAUCAUUUGACCCCUUUAAAUGUGAUGUCUAAUUUGUCAUUUUACGGUUUUGGCCACUGAAACGUUUUAACUGUUCAAACAUGUAUUUAAGUAUGCAAGAAACUGAGAGUCUCACGCCCCCAAACAUCGUGCACACCUGCAGGUUUAGCGCCGCUCGGUGAGUUUGGAGAGUCGGACCUGAACGCAUCCGCUCCUCCGAGAGCAGUGUGGGACUCCGGUGGUGUGUUAACAUAGAUCAGAUGGAUUAGUAUCAUCUCUCUGGAUUCCCGUGAUGAGAAUAUGAUGACUGUCAGAAACCCUCUCUCUCAUAAACACUUGAGCGGCUACAUGCGCGUCAGGAGCCGCAGGGGAAACUGGCUCGCGGUGGUGCUGCUCCGAGUCUCGCGCCGGGAUCUGUUCUUCUGUCUGACCGCUCUCCUCGUAUUCUGCCUGGGCUCUGUGUUCUAUCAGUUAAACGGAGGAGCACCAAAAGUCCUGCUGGAUGUGGGUUACUAUCUCGGAAGAUUUGCUGGUGGCCAUGGACCUUUAGCACCCAGAGCUCUACCGUUCCCGAGUCAGGUUGUGUAUAACAGGGUGGGGAAGUGUGGCAGUCGCACUCUAGUUCUGUUGCUGCGCAUGUUGGUGGACAGACAUGGGUUCACUCUCAUCUCCUCUGAUAUUCACAACAAGACCAGACUCACCAAACGUGAACAGGAAAAUCUGAUUAGAAACAUCAGCACAACUCCUCAGCCAUUUCUUUAUACCCGACAUGUGCAUUUUCUCAACUUUAGCAGGUUCAGAACGGAUGAGCCCGUGCACAUUAAUAUCAUCAGAGAUCCCAUCAACCGAUUCCUGUCCAAUUAUUUCUUCCGCCGCUUCGGCGACUGGAGGGGGGAAGAGAAUCACGUCGUCCGGACCCCUGGGAUGAAAGACGACGAGAGAUACUUAGACAUCAACACAUGCAUCUUGGAAAGCUACCCAGAAUGCUCCAACCCUCGGCUCUUCUACAUUAUCCCGUAUUUCUGUGGGCAGCAUCCUCAGUGCAGAGAGCCGGGUUUGUGGGCGCUGGAGACGGCCAAGCAGAACGUUCUGGAUCAUUACCUGCUGGUCGGAGUGUUGGAGGAACUUGAGGAUGUGCUGCUUCUGUUGGAGAGACUCCUUCCACACUUCUUCUCUGACGUCUUGAACAUCUACAAAAGUCCAGAAUACAGGAAGCUGGGGAACAUGACGGGCACCGUCCACAAACAGACUCCUAAUCUAGAGGCCCUGCAGGUGCUUUAUGAGCGCAUGGAGUACGAGUACAAAUUCUACAACUUUGUCAAAGCUCAGUUCCACCUCACCAAGAGGAAGAUCGGCCUGAGAUCUGGCCCAAAACCCUCCAGACCUUAUUCUAGUGUGCUUCAGAGGAAAGACCUACAGGAGGAGCUGGAGGAAGAGGAAACAGAAGACUCACUCGAGUGGACCGAACACACCUGAGAGAUGCUCUGAGACCAGAUCAGAUACAGAUGUCUGCUAGAGUCUAAAAUAAAUGAUCAUUCAGGUCCUACUGAACCAUAAAACUGGGCGAAGCUUGAAAAUCAUGAUUUAGUUUAUUUGUAAAAAGAAAAAGAUAAAAGAUUGCACUGAAUGUUACCGACAUUCUUCUACUGUAGAAUAUUUAACAUUUUAAUAACUUGACCUUUUAUAUAUAUAUAUAUAUAUAAAAAGCCCUGCAUCAUUUUUGUGAAAUUCAGUACAUGUUUCUUAGUAAAUUUGGAGUGCUGAUUCCAGUGCCUGUUUUGCUCUAGUAUGUCACACUUUCUCACAAAUUAUGAUGCGUGUUGUAGGGGGGGAAUCGGAGAGUAUUUGAAUGUUUUUUACAGUGCUGGGUAAUUCUUUGUAUCAUUUUUAGACAAUCAAUCACAUUGCAUUUGUAGUUAAUAAUAAAAUGAGAGAAUUUAGGGAUCAUUUCUGAACACCUGAUAUCCAUUAGCACUUAUGAAGAGUACUUUUGUUUUGUGGGAAAUAAGACACGACACCAGUAACGUUAUCA